CGGAUCGCAGUUCCUCAAAAUUUUUGUUGUGCCCUGUACUCGGACCCAGAAGUAUGAAUGUUGCUUUCGCUUCCGCUUCCUUACCAUGAGGAUAUUGAAAUAGUCAGACUGGAAAGUAAAACUAAUAGGUGUUCAAAUUCAAGCAUCAAUGUUGAAUAGUUCAGCUUCAAAGACAUCAGAAUUGGAUAACAUGGCGAGUGUGGAAAGAGUUGUAGGCAUCAACUCCGCUGAACAUUGUGAUGGGCAUCAUGGUCACCAUGACAACAUCAUUCCAGACAAUGACGAGACUCCCAGUUUGUGUGCACCUCUCACCAGAGUUUCGUCAUUCUACACUCCGUCAAUGGAAAACAAACUGCAGCGGAAGCUCAAGUUCUUCUUCAUGGAUCCAUGCAGUAAAUUCAAAGCGAGACGCAAAAUACCAUGGAAACUGAUCCUGCAGAUUUUGAAAGUUAUUGUUGUUACCGUACAGGUCUAUUUGUUCGGGCUGCAGCGGUACAGCAUCGUGGAGUAUUUUGAGAAAAACCACAUUGCUCUGAAGCACCUCCUACUUAAAAACUGGGAUCCUUCCUUUGAGACGAUGCCCUAUCCACCAGCAACUGGCGCAUACGCCAUUUACACACGACAAGAACUUGCUGAAUAUAUCAACUUUGCAAUGUAUCAGUAUUAUCACACUCCCAACAUAGCGCUGGCUUCCUUUCGAUACAGAACACAAAACGAAACUUUGAUACCUCCCAUGGAAUUUUGUCAGCAAUACUACAACACUGGCAAAAUAUUUCCAAAUGGAUCAUUUAUCAUAAACCCAGAAAUAGUAUUUCAUUGUUUUGAUCUAUUUCCUAUUGAGUUCUGGAAUACCACAACAAACUCCACAGACUUCAUUUUUGACAUUGAUCAGGUCAUGAAAAAAACUAAUAACUCUUUUGAAUGGGACAGGUUGCUGGAAGUUGACCUCAAGCUGUCGUACAAUUCUUACCACUUGAAUCUGUUUGCUGCUCGCUGGGGCCCUGCCUGCUUCAGUCUUAAUAUUACGGUGGCUUUUGAUAAUCGCAAUAGAGAUGGGCAGAUGUUGAUAGCAGUGAAUAUGGAUGCCACUGAGAUAAAAUGUCAUAACAUGAAUCAACAGAAUUCCAAUGGAGGUCUCAGCCAGAUUGUGUUUGAUGGUUUUGUUAUUGGCGUGUGCAUCCUGUCAUGUGCACUCUGUCUACGAUCAGUAUACAGAGCUCAGAAACUGAGGAAGGAAACGGUGAUAUUUUUCAACAAUCGUUUCGGCAAGCAGUUGUCCAUGUCAGACAAGUCUGAGUUCAUCAACCUGUGGUAUCUCCUGAUCAUCAUCAAUGACAUCCUCACUGUCACGGGUUCAGCCUUCAAAAUUCAGCUGGAGGACCAGUUAAUGACGUUUGAUGCUUCAGUUGGAAGACAGAAAUUCAAAAGCUCCUCCCAGAACUAUGAUGUUGGAAGUCUGAUGCUGGGCGUUGGGUUGUUGUUAGCGUGGAUUGGAAUUCUCCGAUAUCUCGGCUUCUUCAAGACCUAUAACGUUUUAAUACUCACUUUGAAAGCAGCGUUCCCCAACGUUCUCAGGUUCAUGGUGUGUACACUGUGCAUGUAUUUUGGUUUUGUCUUCUGUGGAUGGCUGGUUCUGGGACCUUAUCACAUCAAGUUCCGAAGACUGAGCACAGCCUCUGAGUGUCUGUAUUCGUUAGUAAAUGGGGACGACAUGUUUGUUACGUUUUCGGCAACAGUGACAGACAGCCAAGUGAUCUGGUAUUUCAGUCGCACGUAUCUGUACAUCUUCAUCAGCCUGUUCAUCUACGUGGUCCUCAGUCUCUUCAUAGCUCUCAUUAUGGAUACAUAUGAGACGCUCAAGCAUCAUUACGAAAAUGGUUUUCCAAGAAGUGAUUUGUGGAAAUUUAUAGACCAGUGCAAAGAUAGUCCGGACUCAGAGCUCUAUCGUCGUGACAACAAGGGUUGUAAUUUAUUUGACAAGUUGUUCUGUUGCUGCAAAGAUGAUGACCCUGAUAAGCCAAGUGAACGAAAACACCUACUACACAGAUCUCUGUGAAUCAGUUUUGUGGACCUAAACAUUUUUGUUAAGACAUUUAAUGAAUAAUACUUCAUUCCAUUAGUGCAUUUCAUCAUAUUAAAGCAUUAACACUGUAAACCAAUGUGCAUGCAUUUUCACUGAACUGGUGUAGAAACUGUUCAUAUAGUUUUAGCUGAAGCUGUUUCACUUUAUUUUAAUAGCUCUGUUGUGUAAACAGCUAAGUAAAGAAUACUCACUGAGUGGCCAUUAUAGAUACCAUUUAUCUCUCAACAAGUAUCUAAGGAACAAAAGUCAGUUGUAAGAUAAAUGGUAUCUUACAGUCACAAAUGUAGUCAAAUAAAUUUAACUGCCUUUUUCAACUAAAACCUAUUUUCAACUAAAACAUUUGUUGUUAACUUAUAUUUGACAGACAAAUCUAUUUCAUGUUAACUUAUAUGUGACUUGAUCUCAAUUGAGUUCAAUGGAUGGUAUGGCCUUGGCUACCUGGUCAUCACCUAGGAGCAGCCAGUCGUAUCUCUUUAAAUUGUUAUCACACAUAUGUGUGUAAUUAAUGUGUUACCAAAAAUAACUAAUGAUGUUUUCACCAGUUUCAGAUGUUUGUAGAUUGCCAGUAUGAAUCUGACACUAGUCACUGUUAAAGAACCAAAGAAUGUUCAAUUGUAUAAUUUAGUUUUAGCCUAACCUGUUGGUCUGUUCCUUCAAGAUUUUACAAAAUGUUAGUAUUAUAUAAUGUUUAAUUUGGUCAGUCAUUCAACAUUACGAAUACUGGUAAAUUUAAGGCCCAAAACACCAGGUCUGGCAGGCUUUCUGUUAGAAAAUAAUUUGAGGGUACAUAAUAAAAACAAAACAGACCAAAAAUGCCCCUACUAGUUUGAAUUUUUUUUUAAUUGGACACUGCAUUUUAUGUACUUUAAUAAAUUUAAACAUUAGUUCUCUUACUAUAAUCUUUCAAAUUUUUUAAAAUAAAUAUAUCCAUUAAUUUCCAAGAUUUUAGGGUACAUAAUUUUACCCUCUGGCAGAACCCUGUUUGGGUCUGGUGAGAAUGGUACCAGUUGAAAAAGAAAUAUACUGAAUAAACAUAUGACAAAACACUGCAACUGUGCAUGCCUCUGAAAAUUGUGAGAACAAUCAUUUCGUUCAUGCAUAGUUCACACAAAUCUAAUUUAGCGUAACCUAUUUCCUGUUUGUGCAUUAAAUUUAGGACAUUAUUUAUAUGGACAUAACAGGUUACACAAAAAGUAAAUGGGUUACCAGAAAUUUUUUUUGCGUAACCCAUAAAUGGUUUAUGCAAAUAUUUAAUUCUCAGAGGCCUGCUGUGAUGGCACGAACUACAGAGCUGACAACAACGUGUACCAUAUUUUGACAGCGCCAGACUUGUCAGACCCGGACUCAUCUUCAGUGUGUUUUGGGCCUUAGCACAAUACUUGCUUCAAGAUACAGUUCAAUGUCACCUUGACCGUGCCGAGUUCAAGGUCAUCUGGUCAUCCAGUGUUUUGUUCAAAGUUAAUGAAUGGCAUGUACUGUAGUUAAGUGGUUAAGAAUUCUCAGUAUUUGGCUGCAUAUUAGUUUCACGUUGAUAUAUAUUUUUUUUCAUUUUUUUUUUCAUAUAAAUGUAUGUAUCUCACAUAUCUCAGGAUGAAAUACAGGAAUUGAUGGUUCUUGUUGACCAUGUUUAUAAUUUUGUUUAAAUUAUAUAUUGGUAAAUAUCUGAAAAUGAUCGUUUAUGCAGUCAUAUUAUUUCUAUGAAAUAGGAGUGAAGUCAUGAGAACAUGUAGAUGAUAACAUUCCAUGAUUCUGUUGGUGCAUUGGUAGACAUGUGUUAGCACUUCAUUCAUUCUUUCAUUUCAUCUUACUUUCAGGCUUAUAUCCAAUUGAGAUUCUAGCACACUGUCCUGGGCACACACCUCAGUUAUCUGGGCUGUCUGUCAAAGACAGUGGGU